AGACGGAGUGAUUGGAGGAUGGGGUUCAAUGGGGUGUUAAUUUCGGCGGUGGCUGACGCGUCGGUGGACGCCUGGCAGCAGAUUUUAUCCAUACGUGAGAGGCUGAGCAGCCAGCAGUUGCUUGAGAUCCUGUGCUGUUACCCUCUGCAGCAACUGGGUCGAUUCGCGCUCUGCCUCUGGAAUUUCCUGUGUCUUCCACCGCCGGAUUCCUACUACACUUACUAUUACUCCUCCUCUGAAUCCGAUCGCCUUCCUUAUCGUCAAGAGAGUUAGUCCUCUUCCUCGUCUUCCGUUGUUGACCUUGAUGACUACCACUACCACCCCCAUUCAGAUUGAUUACCGCGUGUGACCUCCGAGUUGUCUUUUGAGAUGAUCUUCUUGCAGAGUAACUCGUCUUUUCUUUUUGCUUGAUUUCUCUGUGCUUAUAUUUCAGUUUUUCUUAUUCUGUGUUCCUUAUUGCUUGGUGGAGUCAUUGCCUGUUGAUCCUUGGAUAUGGUAGAUUAAAAGAUUGAAUUUUGA